AUGAGCGAGAAGAAGUCUUUGGAGCAGGCUGCGUUGCCACACACCGAGAUGGCGGUGACUACGGCUGGCGAUCUUCCGCCACAUGUGGCUGCCAUAUUCGAGGAGUUCAAGGGGGAGAAGCACACUCGACUUAUGCGCAAGUUGGAUUAUCAUCUCAUUCCGAUUAUUGCGUUGCUUUAUCUCAUGUCCUACAUUGACCGUGGCAACAUUGGAAACGCGAGGCUCGCCAACCUGGAAAAGGACUUGAAUAUGACUGGAGACCAAUACAACGUGGCGCUCACCUGCUUCUUUGUCACGUAUGUGGUCUUCGAAGUGCCCGCGAACAUGGCUCUGAAGUUCCUCUCGCCCAAAGUCUGGAUCCCUUUCCUUGCACUCAUCUGGGGCACCACCAUGACGCUCAUGGGUAUUGUGCACAACUACCAGGGGUUGUUGGCGGCAAGACUCUUCUUGGGUGUCACUGAGGCUGGCAUCUUCCCCGCUUGUGCCUAUUACAUCACCUGCUGGUACACUCGACACGACGCCAUGUACCGGACGGCGUUAUUCUAUGCUACAGCAUCUCUUGCUGGUGCAUUCUCCGGCCUCCUCGCCUUCGCUAUCUCCCUCAUGGAAGGAAUCGGCAAGCUUGCCGGCUGGCAGUGGAUUUUCAUUCUCGAAGGCAUUGUUACAGUCGUCGUUGGAGCUUUUGCCUACUUUUUCAUUCACAACGGCCCGGAGGAGGUCAAAUGGCUGACCGAGAGGGAGAGGGAAUACGUCAAGUACCUGCUCGCAUACGACGGCAACAUGUCUGGUAUGGGCAGGUCCGAGGACGGAUCCAAGCGCAAAUACAUCAAGGAGGCCUUCUUGUGCCCGCAGGUUUACACCGGCGCUGCCAUGUUCAUGGGUAUCGCCGUUGCUACCUAUGGCCUGGUGUUUGGAUUACCUACGAUUAUCUCGACCUUGGGUUAUACCAACCGAAAAGCCCAGCUCAUGACUAUCCCGCCUUAUGUCACCGCUUGCAUCCUGACCAUCAUUGUCGCACACUAUUCCGAUAGGCUGAGGCAGCGUGGCCAAUUCAUCUUCUGGUCAUUGGUUCUGUCUGCCAUCGGCUUUCUCAUGGCUAUCUUCACCGCGGACAAGCCUGACAAGGCGGGAGUGACCUACGCCGGCUGUUUCCUGGCUUGCUGUGGUUUCUUCCCCGCCUUCCCAGGUACCAUCUCCUGGCUUGCCAACAACGUUGCCGGUCCCUACAAGCGAGCCAUGGCAAUGUCGCUCCAAAUUGCCAUCGGCAACACGGGAGGCAUCAUUGGUUCCAACAUCUACCUUGUGAGGGAGAAGCCGGCCUACCACACCGGCUACGGCAUCUCGCUGGGAUUCAUUGGAAUUGGGUUGAUUGCUGUGGCCGUCAAUUACUUCUGGCUGAACUCGGUGAACAAGAAGCGCGAGCACUACAUCAGUGAGAACGGAGGCGUGGACGGCGUGAUCGAGAAGCAUGGAGAUGUCUCGUUGACGGAAAUGGGAGACAAGAGCUACCUCUUCAAGUACACUCUUAGACAUGAUGCUGUCUACGCGCACCUGGCUCUGCGCGACCCAAAGUCGAUCCGAGUCUUUGACCUCCAGCCAUACCACCAAGAGUUUCCGGAUGCCAUCAUCUCCGGCACGCUCCGCGUCGUGGACCUGGCUACAAGCCCGCAUUACGUGGCGCUGUCGUAUGUCUGGGGCACAUCGUCAAGCCCCGCUCGAAGAAUCGCCUGCGGAGCGCACUCGGUGGCCGUCACCGACAACCUGUGGGACGCGCUCGACUCGCUGCGCCGGGACCCGCAGCGGGAAGACAGAGGCAGAAACAGCGAUGGGUCCAUCACGCUCUGGAUCGAUGCUCUCUGCAUCCAUCAGAGCAACCAGCAGGAAGUGGCGAGCCAGAUCCACCUCAUGGGCGACAUCUAUGCGUCCUCUUCGUCCCUGUGCAUCUGGCUAGGCAAAGACACGCCGCUGUCCGACAAAGCUGUGGACUUUAUGCAGCGGGUCGGGUGGCAAGAUCUCUUUGAGAAAGAAGGCGAAUACUUCUACCGCAUGCCAACUAGCAAGACUCGAUGGACGUUGGCGCUGCUGGAGUUCACAAAGAUCCUGGCAAUGGCGUUGAGGCUUGGGAGGGCGCCGAAACGAAGCUGGAACGCAUCCCUUGACGAGACCGAUGAGAUUCUGAGAAAUGUUUGGACCCGACGCAUGUGGACUUUGCAAGAAGCCUCCAUGAGUCCCCAUCCCUGGAUCUGCUACGGAAGGCGCCGGCUCAGCUGGCGCAACGUGCUCUACGCAACUCAAUACUUGAAUUGGGCGCCGGGCAACUUGGAGGAUUUCAACACUGGAUUCCGCAAGACCGACUACGAAGCUUGGUUCCGGAUAGCCUCCAUGUGGGUUUCCAUAACGCAACCCCCGAGGGAUGGCUACUGGGAUAGGCCGAGCGGGCUCCGAGGGCCCGAAGUAGUCCUGCGGGACUACGUGAACUUUCUUCAUGGAAUACACACACGCACGCAGUUCCUUCUCAGACUCGGCACCUAUGUCUUCACUGCGUCGGUAUGGAUCACAGCCAUGUGCUGCGUGAGCCUCAUUCCCGGGAUCCCCUCGCACCGGGUCUACAUCGCACAAAUUGUGCUCGGUGUAUGGUUUGGCCUCUACUCUCUAGCGUGGGCAAUGUUCUUCUUUGCGGUCUUCAGCGUGCCGUAUCCAGGAGACCGGCAAAGUGGGCUGGAUGCGGCCGUGCAAGAGACGUGGCUACGAGACUGUAGCCAACCUCAAGACAAGGUGUAUGGGGUCUACGGCGUGAUGACAAGAUUAGGGGUUGAGCUGCUGCGCGUCGACAUGUCUGUGACAUUGGGGAACCUGUACCACGACUUCUUUCUCGACCUGUUGCAAGCGACUCGGAACCUGAACUUGUUGCUGGCCGCGGGCUCGGCCCUGCCGGAUCAGCCAUCCUGGGUUCCUGACUGGAGACUCAAACUGGCAGACCACUGGAUCGACCCAUCCGUAUAUCUGGGCAAGCGAAUGUCUUCUGUUGUACGGGUUACCCCUAUGAAGCGAACCAAAUGGGGCCGAGGGAUGGAAGGGUACUUGGGGAUCUAUGGAUUUGGCCCGGGCGAUGGAUUAAUUGUAAAAGGUUGGAAGAUUGGCAGUGUUGCCUGGAUGGGGGCUGCUUUCACUCCCGUUUCAACAAACGUUCCAACCCAAGAAGCCGAAAAAACGCCACAUAUCCAAAACCUCGAGAUCCUUCAGGUAGCGAUGAAAAGGAGCCGGUGUUCGAGAAACAACCCAGGCUACUACGUCUUUAGUGCACCGCUCACAAGGACGGCUAAGGAACCCGACUCCAAAUUCAAAAGGCAUCACCCUAUCGAUUGGCCUGUCGACUGGAGACGGCCGUGCACCGACAUACUCGAGAAGCUGGAGCGAAAGCCACCUGUGUGGAGCGUGUUCGUAAACGACAUGUGCAACCCACUGGCAGCCAAGCGGAGGACGCUGUUCUGGAGCGACGGGCCCGCGGUAGAGGGCCUUGGUAACCUGCCUGCCAGUGCUCGAGUCGGUGACGAAGUACUACUAGUCUACGGUGUGGCACUUCCUGUAGUCCUGCGGCGACACGAUGACGGAGACGGCUUCCAACUGAUUGGGUACGCGGUGUUUGAGUCUCUGGACGUAAUGGAGGGCAAGAUAUGGGCCGAGAUGAUGGCCAAGGACGAAGGCGACGGUUUGCAAGCGUAUACGAUAAAUUAG